AGCCUAGAACAUAAAAUGCCUAGAACAAUUAACUGUAUUCCAAGACGUCACAUUCUAAUAAAUAUUUAGCAGCUUUUUUCCCCAUUUAAAAUUACAUGCACACAAAUACAGACCAAAAACAGCGAGUAUAUGCUGAGAGUAUAAAGUUUUUUUUCCAUUUAUAAUGUCUCAAUGAUUGAUGGUGAUAUUGAUAGCCGAGUGGUUUUGAAGCAGAUCAUAGAAUUUCACUCUCAACAUCAUUAAGAUUCACAAACAAAGGUUAUUGUCAUAGAUAAAAUCUAUCUUGUCUUUGAUGCCAGCAUCUGAUACGGUGCAAAGUUUCGUAUAUCUCCGAGCACCAUCAGCAGUGCACUUUUAACCUUUGUUCAUCACAGUCAUUAGAUUAAUUAGAUAAAUUAUUUUUUUUAAAGUUGGCACUGGCUUUAUGAAAUGGCUCGGCUACAUUUUCCAAAUUAACAAAAUAGAAAAUUUGUGUCACUUGAAACUGUGCCAAUAUGUGGUGUGUCCUAAUUAAUGGUCAUUCUAGCCUUAGCUUAGAGUUACACCGAAGCUGCCUCCCAAACCUAUAACCUUUGUGAAGGAAUGUCAGCUUCACAAGUCACCGUUUCCCUUUACACAGUGGAUUAAAAAUAAGGAGGCUUUAUUUUUGGAUCACUGAAUUCACAGAUAUCUCCUGACAUUGUUAUUUUAGUGACCUGCAAAUGGAAAACCUAUUUCUAGAGGACUUGACCCUACGACCUGUAUCAAGGAACAUGUCUUUUCAAUAUUGCAUUUAAAACUCCACAUGAAUGAUGGCUGGGAAAGUGGAAAAGGUGUCCAAAUACGAAACUUUAAAGCUCUUGGAAAGGUGCCGGAAGGAAAGAGACGAUGCUUUGCACCGCGAGAAUAUGAUGAGGGAGAAAAUGAGACAAUACGAGUCUCGAAUGAGAUCAACCGAAGCCCUUAAACAGAAAUUAAAGCAAUUGACUUUGGACAACAAGGAGCUGCGGAAACAAGUGAAGGUCCUGCGGGCUGAAAUUGGUUUAGAGGCCAAUCCUAAAUUUCACGGAAAAACCACCAAGGAUAUAAUCAACGACCUGCACGAGAAAGAGCGCGAGUGCAAUUCACUUGUUGAAAAAGCGGGUAAAUUAAGUUUGACGAUUGAUGAACUGACAUCUGAACUGGCCAACACCGUGACCUCGAAGACUCUGCUGGAGGACCAGGUCCAGUCCCUGCAGCAGAACCUGAAGGACAUGACAAACAACCAGAGGCGUCUUCUGAAGCUCUGGGAGGACAAGAAGGCUCAGCGGGAGCAGCUGUCACUGCCCGCGAUACCGCAGAGACCCGGGCAAAAGCCGCUGGUGCAUAAAGGCGUCCAGACGGAGAUGUCCAUCAGUUCAACCCAGAUAUUACCCACCAACGCAUUUGAGACCAAGACCCGCCGAGAGACUGACAAAAGCAGAACCAGUCUGGAAAGACGCAACAUCACUUUAGCGAAUGGCACUCAUCGAGAGAAAACCGCUUUAAUUCAGAAUGAAGCGAAAGGAAUACACAACUGACGAUUAUUAUUCACGAAACAUUUUUGUGUCUGUCUACGCGUCAUUAUGCUGCUCAAUGCCUAAACCUACAGCAUUAUAAUACUUUAAAAUAAAUAUGUUGUUUUUUAGUAUGUUUAAAUGAUUAAGAAACAACCUGAUCGAAACACCGAGGACUGUAUGUUACUGUAAUCACCAUCAUUAUUUCUUAUGUAUUGACCCAUUAUUACAGUGUUUUUAGACUGCUGUUUGAUGUAAUGCCCACAAAACUUUGUGCAUAAUGAAAAUAGCUGUUUAACAUUAAACAUAAAUGUAAUUUAAUUCAUUUUUAUUCUGAUUUCCCCUUUUUAAAUAAUGUUGUAAUUAAGUGAUACAAUUAAUUAUUUAUAUUUCAGUAUUUUUUUUAAUGUUGAAUAAUAUGCUUCACAUGUUACCUUUUGAAAAGAACAGCUAAAAAUUUGCGCAGAAUUCACAUUUCUGGAUCUCUUUAAUGGGAUAGUUCACCCAAAAAUGUAAAUUCGGUCAACAUUUACUCAUCAUAAAGUCUUUCCAAACCUAAUUUUGACUUUUCUGAUCCUCUGCAGAACAUAAAAGCAGAAAUUUCGAUGAAUUUUGAUAACCAAACUGUUUUACGAGUGACUGCCAUUAUGAUAAAAACAACACCACAUUUCUCAAAAUAUGUUAUUAUAUGUCCUACCAAAGUAAGAGAGUCAUACGGGUUUGGAACUACACGAGGA